AUGGCUCAGAUAUCUGUGUUCUUGUUGAUCACACAGGAAGACCAUGGAGUGACUGAGGAGAUUAAUAAACUGUCUGGCAACCCCUCUCACAAUGGCCGUGUGUGCAGCACAUGGGGUAACUUCCACUUCAAGACCUUUGACGGGGACAUCUUUUACUUCCCUGGGGCCUGCAAUUACAUCUUUGCAUCCAACUGCAAAUCUCCCUAUGAGGACUUCAACAUCCAGAUCAGGCGUACAAUGGUGGAAAAUGCUACCAAGAUCACUCACGUCAUCAUGAAGCUGGAAGGAGCCGUGAUUGAACUGACCUGUGACUCUGUCCGGCUUGAUGGCAAAUCGGUUCAGAUGCCCUACAGCCAUAUGGGAGUCUUGAUAGAGAGAAGUAACAGCUAUUUGAAAGUUUCUGCCAAGUUAGGACUGACCUUCCUCUGGAAUAAAGAAGAUGCCCUCCUGGUGGAACUAGAUAAGAAAUAUGCCAAUCAAACUUGUGGACUUUGUGGGGACUUCAAUGGAAUUCCAAUUAGCAAUGAAUUUAUUGCAGAGAACACAAAACUGACUCCCAUUCAGUUUGGGAAUAAGCAGAAGAUGGAUGGACCCACAGAGCAGUGUGCUGAUCCUAUUCCUCCUAUUGUUCCAGUGAACUGCUCAGCUGAAUUUGCUUCUAUCUGUAAGACAGUAUUAACCAGUAAAGCAUUUACAAGCUGUAAUGCACUUGUGAAUGUCCAGGACUACAUUGAAACUUGCAUACAAGACCUAUGCCACUGUGAUAGCUCUAUGGCUGACUUCUGCAUGUGCAACACCUUUGCUGAGUACUCCCGGCAGUGCGCUCAUGCAGGUGGACAGCCUCUGAACUGGAGAACCUCAGGACUCUGUCCCAAAUUAUGUCCUUUCAACAUGCAAUACCAGGAGUGUGGCUCCCCCUGCUCUGACACGUGCAGCAACCCGGAACGAUCUGCACUUUGUGAAGAUCAUUGUACAGAUGGCUGCGUCUGUCCUCCAGGAAUGGUAUUUGAUGACAUUAAUGGUGCUGGCUGCAUUCCCCGUCAAGAAUGUUACUGUACCUAUGAAGGUGAAACUUACGCUCCUGGUGCUUCCUUCUCAUCUAAAUGCAGAUCAUGUACCUGUGCUGGAGGUGAAUGGUCUUGUAUCACCCAGUCAUGCCCUGGAUCUUGCAGUAUUGAAGGAGGCUCCCACAUUUCAACAUUUGAUGAGAAAUAUUAUUCCUUCUUCGGAGACUGUAGCUAUGUCCUAACAAAGCUCUGUGACAGCAAUGAGUUCACUGUUCUGGGAGAUAUCCACAAGUGUGGCCUGACUGACACUGAGACAUGCCUCAAGGGUAUAGCUGUCAGCCUAAGUGGAGGACAAACUAACAUAGUGAUCCAGCCUUCUGGCAGCGUAUUUGUAAAUAAGAUCUACACACAGCUGCCAUUCUCUGCAGCGAAUGUCACCAUCUUCAGACCAUCAUCUUUCUUCAUCAUUCUGCAAACAACUUUUGGUCUUCAGCUACAGGUUCAGCUCAUGCCUCUCAUGCAACUUUUUAUAGACAUAGACCCAUCACAUAAAGGGCAGACCUGUGGUCUCUGUGGAAACUUCAAUGACAUGCAGACAGAUGAUUUCAAAACCACCAGUGGUGUAAUAGAGGGUACUUCAGCUGCCUUUGGCAAUACUUGGAAAACUCGGGCUGAUUGUCCUGAUGCCAAAAAUACCUUUGAGAACCCCUGUACUGUCAGCAUACAAAAUGACCAGUAUGCUCAGCACUGGUGUGGACUGCUCUCUGAUACCAUGGGACCUUUUGCUGAAUGUCACUCAACAGUGAAUCCAGAAGUUUACCAGAAGAACUGCAUGUUUGACACGUGUAACUGUGAGAAGAGUGAGGACUGCAUGUGUGCUGCCCUCUCCAGCUAUGUCAGGGCCUGUGCUGCUAAAGGAGUUCUGAUCACUGGAUGGAGGAGCAAAGCCUGCACAAAAUACACCACCUUGUGUCCAAAAUCCUUGAAGUACGCUUACAAUGUCGAUUCCUGUCAACCCACCUGCCGGUCUCUGAGUGAGCCUGAUGUCACAUGCAGCAUCAAGUUUGUCCCAGUUGAUGGCUGCACCUGCGUAAAUGGAACCUACAUGGAUGAAAGUGGCAAAUGUGUACCUGCUUCUAGCUGUCCUUGUUACUACAAAGGAAUGCCUCUGUCUUCCGGAGAAGUUAUUCAUGAUAAUGGUGUUGUCUGCACUUGCACUUAUGGAAAGCUGAGCUGCAUUGGAGAGAAACCUGAACCAGUCUGUGUACCUCCCAUGGUCUAUAUUGACUGUGGCAAUGCCACUGCAGAUGUGGUAGGAGCAGGAUGCCAGAAGAGCUGUCAGACUCUAGAUAUGGAAUGCUACAGAACCCAAUGUGUCUCCGGCUGUGUAUGUCCUCACAAUCAAGUGUUGGAUGGUAAAGGUGGCUGUAUAGCUCCAGAAGACUGUCCAUGUGUUCAUAACGGGAACUCCUACAGUCCAGGAGAAUCAAUCAGAGUUGGCUGUAAUAACUGCACAUGUAGAAACAGAAAAUGGCACUGCUCUGAGGAACCUUGCCUGGAAACCUGUUCUGUUUAUGGAGAUGGGCAUUACACCACCUUUGAUGGCAAACGCUUUGAUUUUGAAGGAGACUGUGAAUAUGUUCUGGUCCAGAACUACUGUGGUCAACAAGGUAUGAAUCAGGGAACCUUCAGAGUCAUCACUGAGAACAUUCCAUGUGGCACUACAGGAACCACCUGCUCUAAGUCUAUUAAAGUUUUCCUGGAGAACUAUGAGCUGGUACUCAGUGAUGGACACUCUGAUGUCAUCCAGAGGACACCUGGAGGAAAAAUGCCAUUCCAAAUCCGUUCCAUGGGUAUCUACCUGGUGGUUGACACUACUGUUGGCCUGAUACUCAUGUGGGACAAGAAAACCAGUAUAUUCAUCAAACUUAGUCCCAGCUUUCAGGGACAUGUCUGUGGACUUUGCGGAAACUAUGAUGGCAAUGGAAAUAAUGACUUCACUACUCGCAGUCAGUCUGUGGUAGGAAAUGUGCUGGAGUUUGCCAAUAGCUGGAAAGUGUCUUCUAAUUGCCCAAAUGCCAAUCGUACCAAGGACCCAUGCACUGUGAACCCAUACAGGAAAGCCUGGGCACAAAAGCAAUGCAGCAUCAUUACCAGUAAAGAGUUUACCAAGUGUCACUCCCAGGUUGAACCAAAUGAAUAUUAUCAAGCAUGCGUGGAUGAUGCUUGUGCCUGCGACACUGGAGGAGACUGUGAAUGUUUCUGUACAGCAGUGGCUGCCUAUGCUCAAGCAUGCAAUGAGCUGGACAUCUGCAUUUCAUGGAGAACUCCAUCCAUUUGUCCUCUGUUCUGUGAUUACUACAAUCCACAAGGGGAAUGUGAGUGGCACUACAAGCCAUGUGGAGCCCCUUGUAUGAAGACCUGCAAUAAUCCGAGCGGCAACUGCCUUCAUGAGUUGAGAGGUUUGGAAGGCUGCUAUCCACACUGUCCAAAGAAUAAGCCCUAUUUUGAUGAAGAAACCAUGACAUGUGUUUCUAAUUGUGGUUGUUAUGAAAAUGGAAAAAAUUACAAACCGGGAAUGCAGAUGCCUUCAAAGCAGAAUUGUCAAUCAUGUGAAUGCACAAAUCAUGGCAAAAAAUGCAAAUAUGAUGAAUAUGAAUGUGUCUGUAUUUAUGAGGGACAGAAAUACAACUAUAAAGAUGUGAUCUACAAUACUACAGAUGGCACAGGAGGGUGUAUUGUUGCAAUCUGUGGUCCCAAUGGAACUCUUCAACGAGUUGUCUAUGAAUGUCCAAUCUCAACAUCACCCACAACAAGAACAACGUUUCACUUCAGCACUACACCACCUGCCACUACUUCCUCAGUGUCACCAACUACAUCAGUAUGUGUUUAUGAAGUCUGCCAGUGGUCAGAAUGGUAUGAUGGGAGUACGCAAACCCCUGGCUAUGAUGGUGGAGAUUUUGAAACCUUUGAUGAUUUGAGAGCUAAAGGUUAUGAAGUCUGUAAAGCUCCACGGGCUGUUCAGUGCAGAGCAGAGAAAUUCCCUAAUAUACCACUGAAAGACCUUGGCCAAAAAGUAGAAUGCAGUACAACAGCUGGCCUCAUAUGUUACAACAAAGAUCAAAAUUCAACAAUGUGCAACAACUAUGAAAUCAGAAUCUUAUGCUGUAUUUUUGUACCAUGCUCUUCCACAACACAUUUCAGCACGUCAACACCAAUCACAGCUGCAGCUAAAAGCACAGAAACUACAUCAUUUCCAAGCACUAAAACAUCACCAGUUACUACAACUUCUGAAAGUACAACAUUCACACCUUCAGCUACUAAAGAAACAGCCCCAAGCACAACUGAAAUGACAAGGCCUGUCACCACUUCUUCCACAAUUCCUCUUUGCAUUAAAGAAGAAUGUUACUGGUCAAUGUGGUAUGAUGUUAGCUACCCAGGGUCAGGAUACAAUGAUGGAGAUUUUGAUACAAUUGAGAAAAUAAAAAAAGAGGGAUACAAAGCCUGUGAACCCGAAGCGUGCUCCUGGAGCGAAUGGUUCGACGUCGACUUCCCCUCCUCGGGGCCCAGCCAGGGAGACUUUGAAACCUACCAGCACAUCCGGGCCGCCGGGAAGGAAGUCUGUCAGCACCCAAAGGAAAUCGAGUGCCGGGCGGAGGACUACCCCGACGUCUCCAUCCAGUCAAUCGGACAGGUCGUGCAGUGCGACGUCCACUUUGGACUGGUGUGCAAGAACGAAGACCAGGCUGGCAAAUUUAAGAUGUGCCUCAACUACAAGAUCCGCAUCCUCUGCUGCAGCCCGAACGACAAUUGCCCAAGCAGCACCGCCUUGCCCACCACCAGCCCCACCACCACCACCCCCCGCAGAUCAACCAGCACCGCCCCGACCUCCACCACAGUCACGACCUCCACCUCCACGCCCUACUCCUCCACCACGCUGCCCACCUCCUCGGAAACCACGCUGCAAACUUCCACCAGCACCACCGGCCCCACGCCGACACCUACCGUAUCCUCCACCGGUGUCACCUCCACCACCCACUCCACUACCGCCUGUGAACCCGAAGCGUGCUCCUGGAGCGAAUGGUUCGACGUCGACUUCCCCUCCUCGGGGCCCAGCCAGGGAGACUUUGAAACCUACCAGCACAUCCGGGCCGCCGGGAAGGAAGUCUGUCAGCACCCAAAGGAAAUCGAGUGCCGGGCGGAGGACUACACCACCCACUCCACUACCGCCUGUGAACCCGAAGCGUGCUCCUGGAGCGAAUGGUUCGACGUCGACUUCCCCUCCUCGGGGCCCAGCCAGGGAGACUUUGAAACCUACCAGCACAUCCGGGCCGCCGGGAAGGAAGUCUGUCAGCACCCAAAGGAAAUCGAGUGCCGGGCGGAGGACUACCCCGACGUCUCCAUCCAGUCAAUCGGACAGGUCGUGCAGUGCGACGUCCACUUUGGACUGGUGUGCAAGAACGAAGACCAGGCUGGCAAAUUUAAGAUGUGCCUCAACUACAAGAUCCGCGUCCUCUGCUGCAGCCCGAACGACAAUUGCCCAAGCAGCACCGCCUUGCCCACCACCAGCCCCACCACCACCACCCCCCGCAGAUCAACCAGCACCGCCCCGACCUCCACCACAGUCACGACCUCCACCUCCACGCCCUACUCCUCCACCACGCUGCCCACCUCCUCGGAAACCACGCUGCAAACUUCCACCAGCACCACCGGCCCCACGCCGACACCUACCGUAUCCUCCACCGGCGUCACCUCCACCACCCACUCCACUACCGCCUGUGAACCCGAAGUGUGCUCCUGGAGCGAAUGGUUCGACGUCGACUUCCCCUCCUCGGGGCCCAGCCAGGGAGACUUUGAAACCUACCAGCACAUCCGGGCCGCCGGGAAGGAAGUCUGUCAGCACCCAAAGGAAAUCGAGUGCCGGGCGGAGGACUACCCCGACGUCUCCAUCCAGUCAAUCGGACAGGUCGUGCAGUGCGACGUCCACUUUGGACUGGUGUGCAAGAACGAAGACCAGGCUGGCAAAUUUAAGAUGUGCCUCAACUACAAGAUCCGCGUCCUCUGCACCAGCACCACCGGCCCCACGCCGACACCUACCGUAUCCUCCACCGGCGUCACCCCCGAAGCGUGCUCCUGGAGCGAAUGGUUCGACGUCGACUUCCCCUCCUCGGGGCCCAGCCAGGGAGACUUUGAAACCUACCAGCACAUCCGGGCCGCCGGGAAGGAAGUCUGUCAGCACCCAAAGGAAAUCGAGUGCCGGGCGGAGGACUACCCCGACGUCUCCAUCCAGUCAAUCGGACAGGUCGUGCAGUGCGACGUCCACUUUGGACUGGUGUGCAAGAACGAAGACCAGGCUGGCAAAUUUAAGAUGUGCCUCAACUACAAGAUCCGCGUCCUCUGCUGCAGCCCGAACGACAAUUGCCCAAGCAGCACCGCCUUGCCCACCACCAGCCCCACCUUGCCCACCACCAGCCCCACCACCACCACCCCCCGCAGAUCAACCAGCACCGCCCCGACCUCCACCACAGUCACGACCUCCACCUCCACGCCCUACUCCUCCACCACGCUGCCCACCUCCUCGGAACCCACCACCACCACCCCCCGCAGAUCAACCAGCACCGCCCCGACCUCCACCACAGUCACGACCUCCACCUCCACGCCCUACUCCUCCACCACGCUGCCCACCUCCUCGGAAACCACGCUGCAAACUUCCACCAGCACCACCGGCCCCACGCCGACACCUACCGUAUCCUCCACCGGCGUCACCUCCACCACCCACUCCACUACCGCCUGUGAACCCGAAGCGUGCUCCUGGAGCGAAUGGUUCGACGUCGACUUCCCCUCCUCGGGGCCCAGCCAGGGAGACUUUGAAACCUACCAGCACAUCCGGGCCGCCGGGAAGGAAGUCUGUCAGCACCCAAAGGAAAUCGAGUGCCGGGCGGAGGACUACCCCGACGUCUCCAUCCAGUCAAUCGGACAGGUCGUGCAGUGCGACGUCCACUUUGGACUGGUGUGCAAGAACGAAGACCAGGCUGGCAAAUUUAAGAUGUGCCUCAACUACAAGAUCCGCGUCCUCUGCUGCAGCCCGAACGACAAUUGCCCAAGCAGCACCGCCUUGCCCACCACCAGCCCCACCACCACCACCCCCCGCAGAUCAACCAGCACCGCCCCGACCUCCACCACAGUCACGACCUCCACCUCCACGCCCUACUCCUCCACCACGCUGCCCACCCCCGAAGCGUGCUCCUGGAGCGAAUGGUUCGACGUCGACUUCCCCUCCUCGGGGCCCAGCCAGGGAGACUUUGAAACCUACCAGCACAUCCGGGCCGCCGGGAAGGAAGUCUGUCAGCACCCAAAGGAAAUCGAGUGCCGGGCGGAGGACUACCCCGACGUCUCCAUCCAGUCAAUCGGACAGGUCGUGCAGUGCGACGUCCACUUUGGACUGGUGUGCAAGAACGAAGACCAGGCUGGCAAAUUUAAGAUGUGCCUCAACUACAAGAUCCGCGUCCUCUGCUGCAGCCCGAACGACAAUUGCCCAAGCAGCACCGCCUUGCCCACCACCAGCCCCACCGCCUUGCCCACCACCAGCCCCACCACCACCACCCCCCGCAGAUCAACCAGCACCGCCCCGACCUCCACCACAGUCACGACCUCCACCUCCACGCCCUACUCCUCCACCACGUUUGAAACCUACCAGCACAUCCGGGCCGCCGGGAAGGAAGUCUGUCAGCACCCAAAGGAAAUCGAGUGCCGGGCGGAGGACUACCCCGACGUCUCCAUCCAGUCAAUCGGACAGGUCGUGCAGUGCGACGUCCACUUUGGACUGGUGUGCAAGAACGAAGACCAGGCUGGCAAAUUUAAGAUGUGCCUCAACUACAAGAUCCGCGUCCUCUGCUGCAGCCCGAACGACAAUUGCCCAAGCAGCACCGCCUUGCCCACCACCAGCCCCACCACCACCACCCCCCGCAGAUCAACCAGCACCGCCCCGACCUCCACCACAGUCACGACCUCCACCUCCACGCCCUACUCCUCCACCACGCUGCCCACCUCCUCGGAAACCACGCUGCAAACUUCCACCAGCACCACCGGCCCCACGCCGACACCUACCGUAUCCUCCACCGGCGUCACCUCCACCACCCACUCCACUACCGCCUGUGAACCCGAAGCGUGCUCCUGGAGCGAAUGGUUCGACGUCGACUUCCCCUCCUCGGGGCCCAGCCAGGGAGACUUUGAAACCUACCAGCACAUCCGGGCCGCCGGGAAGGAAGUCUGUCAGCACCCAAAGGAAAUCGAGUGCCGGGCGGAGGACUACGCCUGUGAACCCGAAGCGUGCUCCUGGAGCGAAUGGUUCGACGUCGACUUCCCCUCCUCGGGGCCCAGCCAGGGAGACUUUGAAACCUACCAGCACAUCCGGGCCGCCGGGAAGGAAGUCUGUCAGCACCCAAAGGAAAUCGAGUGCCGGGCGGAGGACUACCCCGACGUCUCCAUCCAGUCAAUCGGACAGGUCGUGCAGUGCGACGUCCACUUUGGACUGGUGUGCAAGAACGAAGACCAGGCUGGCAAAUUUAAGAUGUGCCUCAACUACAAGAUCCGCGUCCUCUGCUGCAGCCCGAACGACAAUUGCCCAAGCAGCACCGCCUUGCCCACCACCAGCCCCACCACCACCACCCCCCGCAGAUCAACCAGCACCGCCCCGACCUCCACCACAGUCACGACCUCCACCUCCACGCCCUACUCCUCCACCACGCUGCCCACCUCCUCGGAAACCACGCUGCAAACUUCCACCAGCACCACCGGCCCCACGCCGACACCUACCGUAUCCUCCACCGGCGUCACCUCCACCACCCACUCCACUACCGCCUGUGAACCCGAAGCGUGCUCCUGGAGCGAAUGGUUCGACGUCGACUUCCCCUCCUCGGGGCCCAGCCAGGGAGACUUUGAAACCUACCAGCACAUCCGGGCCGCCGGGAAGGAAGUCUGUCAGCACCCAAAGGAAAUCGAGUGCCGGGCGGAGGACUACCCCGACGUCUCCAUCCAGUCAAUCGGACAGGUCGUGCAGUGCGACGUCCACUUUGGACUGGUGUGCAAGAACGAAGACCAGGCUGGCAAAUUUAAGAUGUGCCUCAACUACAAGAUCCGCGUCCUCUGCUGCAGCCCGAACGACAAUUGCCCAAGCAGCACCGCCUUGCCCACCACCAGCCCCACCACCACCACCCCCCGCAGAUCAACCAGCACCGCCCCGACCUCCACCACAGUCACGACCUCCACCUCCACGCCCUACUCCUCCACCACGCUGCCCACCUCCUCGGAAGCCUGUGAACCCGAAGCGUGCUCCUGGAGCGAAUGGUUCGACGUCGACUUCCCCUCCUCGGGGCCCAGCCAGGGAGACUUUGAAACCUACCAGCACAUCCGGGCCGCCGGGAAGGAAGUCUGUCAGCACCCAAAGGAAAUCGAGUGCCGGGCGGAGGACUACCCCGACGUCUCCAUCCAGUCAAUCGGACAGGUCGUGCAGUGCGACGUCCACUUUGGACUGGUGUGCAAGAACGAAGACCAGGCUGGCAAAUUUAAGAUGUGCCUCAACUACAAGAUCCGCGUCCUCUGCUGCAGCCCGAACGACAAUUGCCCAAGCAGCACCGCCUUGCCCACCACCAGCCCCACCACCACCCCCACCACCACCACCCCCCGCAGAUCAACCAGCACCGCCCCGACCUCCACCACAGUCACGACCUCCACCUCCACGCCCUACUCCUCCACCACGCUGCCCACCUCCUCGGAAACCACGCUGCAAACUUCCACCAGCACCACCGGCCCCACGCCGACACCUACCGUAUCCUCCACCGGCGUCACCUCCACCACCCACUCCACUACCGCCUGUGAACCCGAAGCGUGCUCCUGGAGCGAAUGGUUCGACGUCGACUUCCCCUCCUCGGGGCCCAGCCAGGGAGACUUUGAAACCUACCAGCACAUCCGGGCCGCCGGGAAGGAAGUCUGUCAGCACCCAAAGGAAAUCGAGUGCCGGGCGGAGGACUACCCCGACGUCUCCAUCCAGUCAAUCGGACAGGUCGUGCAGUGCGACGUCCGCUUUGGACUGGUGUGCAAGAACGAAGACCAGGCUGGCAAAUUUAAGACGUGCCUCAACUACAAGAUCCGCGUCCUCUGCUGCAGCCCGAACGACAAUUGCCCAAGCAGCACCGCCUUGCCCACCACCAGCCCCACCACCACCACCCCCCGCAGAUCAACCAGCACCGCCCCGACCUCCACCACAGUCACGACCUCCACCUCCACGCCCUACUCCUCCACCACGCUGCCCACCUCCUCGGAAACCACGCUGCAAACUUCCACCAGCACCACCGGCCCCACGCCGACACCUACCGUAUCCUCCACCGGCGUCACCUCCACCACCCACUCCAGCGUCACCUCCACCACCCACUCCACUACCGCCUGUGAACCCGAAGUGUGCUCCUGGAGCGAAUGGUUCGACGUCGACUUCCCCUCCUCGGGGCCCAGCCAGGGAGACUUUGAAACCUACCAGCACAUCCGGGCCGCCGGGAAGGAAGUCUGUCAGCACCCAAAGGAAAUCGAGUGCCGGGCGGAGGACUACCCCGACGUCUCCAUCCAGUCAAUCGGACAGGUCGUGCAGUGCGACGUCCACUUUGGACUGGUGUGCAAGAACGAAGACCAGGCUGGCAAAUUUAAGAUGUGCCUCAACUACAAGAUCCGCGUCCUCUGUGUUGUAUUUAUUUGUGAUGUGAUUUACAAUAGAACUGAUAGUGAUGGAUGUAGAUAUUAUGCCAUCUGUAGUCCAACAUGUACGGUUGAAAGACAUACUGUACAUUGCAAUGUUACUACUCCCCUGACCACAACUUCCCCUGCAUCAUCUACCGUAACAACCUCAGUUCCUCUACAUACUACUUCUGGUUUUUCUCCCAUUUGUGUUUCUCCUACUUACCCUCCCCUACAGCUUGGACAAAGAUACAAAUUAUCCAACUGUACAGAAAUCAUCUGUAAGGGAGACAACAAGGUAGAAGUAAUUCCAACACACUGCCCGCCUGUAAAGGAAAUUACCUGUGCGAACAAAUAUCCAGCAAUACUGGUACCUGAUGAAGAUGGCUGCUGUUACCGAUAUGAGUGUCAAUGUGUAUGCAGUGGAUGGGGUGAUCCUCAUUAUAUUACUUUUGAUGGAACCUACUAUACUUUCCUCGAAAACUGCACUUAUGUCCUGGUGAAACAGAUCGUACCUAAAUAUGACAACUUCCGUGUUUACAUUGACAAUUACUACUGUGAUUCAAAAGAUGGACUUUCCUGCCCUAAAUCCAUUAUUAUUUUCUACAAAUCUGCAGAAGUGGUGCUGACCCGUAAACUCAUGAAUGGUGUGAUGACCAAUGUGAUGUACUUCAACCAAAAGAUUGUCAAACCAGGCUUCAAAAAAGAUGGCAUUUCUUUCUCCACACUUGGCAUCAACAUGAUUGUUGAAAUACCAGAGAUUGGUGCAACCAUCACCUUUAGCGGGCUGAUUUUCUCCGUGAAACUCCCAUACAGCAAAUUUGGCAACAACACUGAAGGACAGUGUGGAACGUGUACAAAUAAUGUAUUAGAUGAAUGCCGCUUACCAAGUGGUAAGAUCAUUUCUUCCUGUCCCCAAAUGGCUCAUCACUGGAUCGUUGAUAACAACAAGUCAUGCCAUGGAGUACCAAUACCACCAGUUGUAACCACACCUCCACCAAAGCCUCACUGCGAAACGCCUCCUCUCUGCAAUCUUAUCUGGAGCGAGAUUUUUGCAGAAUGCCGUGCUGUGAUACCACCAGAACCAUUUUUCAAAGGCUGUGUUUUUGAUGGAUGUCGCAUAGCUGAUGAAUACAUGCAGUGUUCCAGUUUGGAGAUGUAUGCUACAGAGUGUGCUGCUAGAGGUGUCUGCAUUGACUGGAGAGGAAAGACUAACAAUACAUGCCCAUACAACUGUACAGCAAGCACAGUAUACAAGCCAUGUGGGCCCAUUAAUCCUGCUACCUGUGACCCAAGCUUUGUUGAGCUUCCUGGCUAUGGAGUAACUGAAGGAUGUUUCUGUCCUGAAGGAAAGACACUCCUGAGUAAAGACAGCAACAUCUGUGUCUCUGAAUGCUCUUGUAGGGAAUCAAAUGGAGUAUCCAGAUGGCCUGGAGCUGUCAUUCCCUCAGGCCCCUGUGAAGAAUGCACCUGCUAUGAAUCCUCUUACUCAAGGCCUCACCACGCUACUGUCAAGUGUGAGCCUGUUGUCUGUGACACAGACUGCCCACCGGGUUAUAAGUAUACAGAGAAACCUGGACAGUGCUGCGGCACAUGCAAAGCAGCAGCUUGUAUAGUAACUGUGGGAGACAUUACACGUGUACUCCAGGUUGGAGAAUUCUGGAACCCACCUGGUGAUAACUGUACAACUUACACAUGUGAAAAACAUGAUGACCAGUUCAUUCAAGUCCUUUUACAGAAAAGCUGUCCUGUCUUUAACCCUGAUGACUGUGAUCCAGAUGACAUCAAGCUAUCUGACGAUGGCUGCUGUAAAGAGUGCCAAGUAAAACUGAAGAGUUGUAUGAAGCACAAUACUUCUACUGUCAUCAAAUACCAUGGAUGUGUAUCUCCUGCACCUGUUGAGAUGACAUACUGUGAAGGCAGCUGUGAUGCUUACUCACGAUAUUCUCCAGAGGCAAACACAAUGGAACAUAAAUGCUCAUGUUGUCAGGAAAUCAAGACCAGCCAAAGAAAGGUGACUCUGAUGUGCAGUGACGGAACCUACCUUGAUCACUCAUACACCUAUGUGGAGAAAUGCAGCUGUGUGAGCGCUGAGUGCAUUCCCCAAGUCAGCACCCAGCAGGCAACGAACCAGAUAAAGGCCUCUCAGGAAUAAGUGAAUGUCUGAAAUUAGAACUAGAGAGAAGAAGUAAAACAAGGGUUGAACAUAAGACUAAAAAAAAAAAACUUCGACAAAAUACAAAAGUGUCGAAAGCAGCUAAAAUUUUGGAUGAACAGAUGAUAUUUUCUGCAUACAAACUCAGUAUGUCUGUCUACAUUAUUUCAGUUUUCAUUACUAAUAUAUCCCGCAUUGUUUUUCAUGUCUUUUCUUUUACACCUUCAGAGG